AUGCCGUUACCGAAAGAAGAAUACCUCAGCGCCUCGUGGAAGGAUGGCAUUUUUGCGAAUAAGGUCGUCUUCUGUACGGGAGGCGCGGGCACAAUCUGCAGCGCACAAGUGCGUGCUCUCGUACAUCUAGGCGCCAACGCCUGUAUCAUCGGUCGGAAUGUCGAGAAGACCGAGAAGGUUGCCAAAGACAUUGCGACCGCCCGCCCUGGAGCCAAGGUUAUCGGCAUCGGAGCCGUAGAUGUGCGAAAGGUUGAGAGCCUCAACGAUGCCGCCAGCCGCUGUGUCAAGGAGCUAGGGGGCAUCGACUAUGUUAUUGCUGGCGCGGCCGGCAACUUCCUGGCAUCAAUCAACCAGCUGUCUGCCAAUGCUUUCAAGUCGGUCAUCGAUAUCGAUGUCCUUGGAUCCUACAACACCCUAAAGGCGACGCUACCUUACUUGGUGGAGUCGGCAAAGAAGCACAGCAUUAACUCGGAUACACUCAAGCCAUCUCCGCUGGGUACCGGAGGCCGGAUCAUCUUUGUUAGCGCCACCAUUCACUACAGAACCAUGCCAUUCCAGACGCAUGUUUCGGUUGCCAAGGCCGGCGUGGACGCGCUGUCGCAUAGUGUGGCUAUCGAAUUCGGGCCGCUGGGGGUGACUUCGAACAUCAUUGCACCGGGUCCGAUAGGCUCGACGGAGGGCAUGGAUCGUUUGCUGCCGACCGAUAACAAGGAGGCCUAUGUCAAGUCUCAGCCACUGGGGCGGCUGGGCUCCGUGCGCGACAUUGCCGAUGCCACUGUCUACCUGUUUGCUGACACUGGCAGCUAUGUCAGUGGCCAGACACUCGUUGUCGAUGGGGCAUCGUGGCGCAUGACGGCUGGGGGAGCCGCUCAGGGCGCCCUUCAGUAUCCCGACUUCCUACUGUCGGGAGAUGCGGUACCUAAUGUGAAGGGGCAGAAGACGUCGAAGCUUUGA